AGAGUGUGAUUUGUAGACGCUCCCUUAGCUCAGCUACAGUAUGGCGCGUUUGACUGUGUGUGAACAUCAGAGCUCAACAUACAACACCUGAUCUAUUCUCAGAUCUGCAUCAGAUAUCAAACACAAACACAAACACACACACACACGGGUCAGGAUGGAGCACACGCCCGAGAAACACAGCAAAGAAGUGGAUAUUUAUCGGGACACAUGGGUGAGAUUUCUAGGCUAUGCUAACGAGGUGGGCGAGGCGUUUCGCGCAUUGGUGCCGGUCAGUGCGGUGUGGGCCAGUUACGCCGUGGCCACUGCAUACGUGUCUGCUGACGCGCUGGACAAAGGCAGGAAAGCAGCUGCGGCUCACGCUGAGGAUCAUGGAAAGGUGGGGCGGGUGGCCGUCGCUGUGGUCGACACGUUCGUCUGGCAGGCUUUGGCUUCAGUGGCCAUUCCUGGAUUCACAAUCAACCGCGUUUGUGCCACGUCGCUCUUCCUGCUGGGAAAAACCACACGCUGGCCACUUCCUGUGCGCAAGUGGACCACGACCGCCAUCGGCCUCUCCACCAUCCCAUUCAUCAUCACACCCAUCGACAGGUCGGUGGAUUUCCUGUUGGACUCCAGCCUUCGGAAACUCUACGGUGAAGGAGAAAAACAUGAAUGAGCCUUGUCACGACACUGACCUCUGACCCCUCCAGCCAGCACGAGCGCCAGUCUGUGAUCAGCAGCAGAAAUGUGUCUGACAUUGAUGUUAUUACUGGCAUUUCAGAUGAACCGUGCCUCUCAAAGACCUUCAUUUGCAUGCAUCUAACUUGAUAAUGGUUUUUAUCUGUGCGGUUGUUUGUUUUCAAAUGUUUACUUCAUCUCUUUUUUCACAUUAUUGCAUGAUUUUAUUUCAGCUCGUUUAAUUAUGUUUUUGGUGAACGGUUGAAGAAUCCAGUACUGUAUGUUUCCAAACUGUAGAAAUGAAACUAGUGAAGGCUGAGUUUCUAAUUACUGUAAUAUCAAAUCAAUCUGAAGUGUUUCUGAUUAUCUGUCAUUCUUGUUUAAUCUCAUGGUAAAGGGAUUAAGUGUGUUUCUGAUGAAACUAUGCAAGUUCAGUUCUGAAUGGCAUUAAACAAAUAUUUUUAA